AUGUUGGACCAACCUGCGCAGCUCAUUUCCCUCCCAAAAGGCCCUCGACACCCCAACACACCGGAAACCCGCCUCGUCCCGCGCUCUGUCUGCCGUCUGCUGUCUGCCGCCGCCGCCAACGCCUGUCGCACUCUCUUCUAUCCACGCGAGAACUGCUGGCUGCUGGCUGUUGCACUGCUGCUGCCACCCUCCGCCCAGACAGACGUGCCCGACCGCAUACAGCCGCCCCCAAGCCCCAUCAUCGUCGCUGGCCCAGACCUUGACACGUCAGUGCCCCGUCGUGGUUGCCGAGUGAGUGCUAACAACGCGCAGCUUGCCUGGAUAAUCGCCUUCGUCAGCUCCAUAAUAUCGGCCACCCAGGGCAGCGAUGCCCGGUUCCCCAACUAUGCCUGGUGGACCAUUGUCUUCAUGUUCUUCUGCAUCAUUGGUGUGACGGUGACGGUCGCCUCCGAGGCUGAGAGGACCUACCAUGUCGCGAUUGUCGGCUUCCUCGGCGCUGGACUCGUCUUCACCACCUCAUCCGUUAACUCCCUCGUUUACUCGCCCAUUGCAUCAUUCGAGGCUGCCGCUGCUGGCUUCAUUCUCCUGUCCAUGAUUGCCGUAAGUGCUGCAUGCGCCUUGUCCCGCACCACCACUAACACCCCCCAGAUUGUAUGGAUCUUCUACUACGGCUCGCAGCCCCAGGCCAGCCACCGCGCCUUUGUCGACUCGUAUGCCCUCCACAAGGAGCACCCGGGCUCGCGCGCGUCACGUCCCAUCUCCAACGGCUACAUGAACCGCCCCGAGACCCAGGUCAACCAGCAAGCGCCUCAGAUGUACACAUCCGCCCAGCUCAACGGCUUCGAGACAUCUUCGCCCGUUUCCGGCUACCCCGGCGGCCCCGCAGGUGCCCAAGGCCGCAACUCGUCCGCGCCCCAGUUCGGUGGCAUGGGCAUGAGCAACACCGCAGCCCCCAACAACGACGAGCCGCAACAACAAGAAGCCUCGAUCGAGUACCCCUACCGUGCCAAGGCCAUCUACAGCUACGAGGCCAACCCCGACGAUGCCAACGAAAUCAGCUUCCAGAAGCACGACAUCCUCGAAGUCUCCGACGUCAGCGGGCGAUGGUGGCAGGCAAAGAAGCCGAAUGGCGAGACCGGUAUCGCGCCCAGCAAUUACCUCAUCUUGCUGUAA